AAGGCGGUUCCCCCAGCCCCACCCUCUCUUAAAGGGGAACGCUCGCCGGCUGUGGAGGCUGCGUCACGGAGACGGAUCUUUCCUUGGAGGGCUGGCUGCUUCACUGAAAGGCUUGGGAAAGAUGCUGCUGUACAGACCCAGCAGGAAUGGCCUCUGCACCCUUCAGAGAACAUACUGGUUGAGAGCUAUAGCUUGGAGGCCCCACCCACCAGCCUGCUUGGCCUGGACAACCUGCCGCUCCCAUGGCACUUGGGACAGUGCUGGCAGCACGAGACACAGGCUUAUGGCAGCAGCAGGGGCUGGGCUGGGCAUAGGCACCAUCUUGGCUUAUGGAGAUCACCAUCGGCGGGCAGCUGAGCCUGAGACCCCGGAUUCUGCAGCUGGACCCCCAUUUCCUGUUUUUACCCGGCAGGAGGUGGCUCGCCACAACAAUGAAGCUAACCGGGUGUGGGUGACCUAUGGCAGCGACGUCUUUGAUGUCACAGACUUCAUUGAGCGGCAUCCUGGGGGCAAAAGUAAAAUUCUCCUGGCAGCAGGGGGUGCUUUGGAGCCAUUUUGGGCCCUUUAUGCCAUGCACAACCAGGAACAUGUGCUGGAGGUCCUGCGUGGUUACAAAGUAGGGGAACUGAGUCCAGAGGAGCCUCCCCAGCCGACCCCAGGAGAUCCUUAUGCUGAGGAUCCUCCACGGCACCCUGCCCUUAGAGUCAAUACCUUAAAGCCCUUCAAUGCAGAACCCCCUGCGGAGCUGAUCUCUGAAAACUACCUGACCCCCAACCAGCUCUUCUUCAAGCGCAACCACCUUCCUGUGCCAACUGUGGACCCUGCUGCCUACCGACUGCAUAUACAGGGCCCCCGUGGACGGACCCUGUCUCUGUCUCUACAGGACUUAAAGAGAGAUUUCCCUAAGUAUGAAGUGACUGCCACCCUGCAGUGCGCUGGCAAUCGCCGUGCAGAGAUGAAUGCGAUCAAGAACACCAACAGGCUAGGCUGGGGCGUUGGGGCCAUUAGCAAUGCACUCUGGGGCGGUGCCCGGCUUCGGGAUGUCCUGGUGCAAGCUGGGUACAAAGCAAGUGAUGAUGGGCAUGUCUGCUUUGAGGGCCUGGACAAGGAUCAGAGUGGCACAGUUUAUGGGGCCUCGAUCCCGUUUAAAAAAGCCAUAAGUCCUGAAGGGGAUGUCCUCUUGGCUUAUGAGAUGAAUGGGGAGGACCUGCCCCGGGAUCAUGGGUUCCCCGUCAGAGUCAUUGUGCCUGGGGUAGUAGGUGCUCGUAAUGUCAAAUGGCUGGCCCGGAUCACGGUGGGCCCAGAAGAAAGCAAAAGCCACUGGCAGCAGAAGGAUUAUAAAGGAUUCUCUCCUUCUGUGACGUGGGACACAGUGGACUUCUCCAGUGCCCCUGCCAUCCAAGAUAUGUCCAUACAGUCUGCAAUCACUGAGCCAUGCCCCAAUGCUUCCGUCCCCCCUGGGGAGCUCACGGUGAAAGGCUAUGCGUGGAGUGGAGGUGGGCGAAGGGUCAUCCGUGUGGAUGUUUCGCUGGAUGGUGGGAGGAGCUGGCACGAGGCCAAGCUAACCGGGGAGGAGAAGUUGCCAGGCCGAGCCUGGGCGUGGAAGUUGUGGCAGCUGGAUGCUUGUGUGCCUGCUGGCACCAAAGAGCUGAACAUUGUCUGUAAGGCUGUGGAUACCAGCUACAACGAGCAGCCUGACACAGUGAGACCUAUCUGGAACAUUUUGGGAGUGCUCAACAAUGCUUGGCAUCGGGUGCAUGUCCGUGUGGGUGAGGAGUAAGAGCCUUGAUUGUGCCUCGUUGCCUGAAAGAAACAAAAGGGUCCUGGAUCUCAGGUGCUCUGCGCCUUCUUCCUUCUGCAAAUACAUUUGCCUAUGCCCCUUGGAGAGGCCACAAAGAAGAGCCGAGGUCUUUGGUGGGGCCUUUGUGACCUCAGUGUGUCCUUCUUCACUCACUAUAGGGCUGUAGCAGUUCCCUAGCUUUAUUAUACUUCCAUGAUUGUGGUGGGCUCAGAGAAAGGGACAGGUCUCUCUACAUGAUCAAAAUCACUAACUCUGUAGGGAGUUUGGGACUGCAGUCUUUUUAAGUACUUUUAAAAAUUGGAUUCAAAAGUCUCAGUGUUUAUCAACUGUACCUAUGUGGCCUAUUGGCUAGCCAUUCCUCCUUUUUAUGGAAUGUGGCCACAUAGUGUAGGUAUUCUCACAUUUAAUGCUGAACUCCCCACAGCUUUGGGAAGUGUUGCCCUUCUAAUUGCCCUGCUUUCCCCCUUCUGAUAAGCUAUUUUUGAGCGCUCUGUUACUUUAAAUCUUGCCAAAUUCUGUACAGGGCAAGGCUGUUGUGCCUAUUACAGUUUUAAGGGAGAGCUUGGAGUAGGAAGUGUUUCUCCCAUUGUAAUGCUGCAGUGGUGGCAGACACUGCUAGGAUUUUCCCAAGGUGCAAGAACCUUGUUCCACUUGCAAUACAGCAAGUUUAUUUUAGUUUAGGGAUCACCAGUGUGGUACCUUGCAGAUAGGGUUGCCAGGUUCAGGGUCUGAGACUGAUCCUGUAUCUUUAGGAGAAGAGA